UGUUGCUCUCCUUCCUGAAAAAGACUUUGCAUUGGAGACACCGAUGUUGCUGUGGACAGUGUGACCAAAUACAACUGAAAUACCAGGAUUUCUGAAGAUCUUGUUAGAUGACACGUACAUGGCAGUGAAGCCCUCAAGUGAAGAUUAAAGAAAGUACACUCAGCUAAUAGAGCAUUGUCCUUGUAGAUGCCGCUCAGUCUUCGUCUUUGCAAAUGGCUUGCUGUCUGAAGGACGAGCUCCUCUGUUCCAUCUGCCUCAGCAUCUACCAGGACCCCGUCAGCUUUGGCUGCGAGCACUACUUCUGCAGAAAGUGCAUCACCGAGCACUGGAGCAGACAGGAGCCUCACGGAACGCGCGACUGUCCCGAGUGUCGGAGGACCUUUGCCGAUCCUCUCCUCUCCCCAAGUCUUAAGUUGUCCAACAUUGUGGAGCGUUACUCAGCCUUCCCGCUGGACGCCAUCCUCAACGCUCAAAGAAGCUGCUAUCCCUGCAAGGACCACGAGAAGGUCAAGCUCUUCUGCCUCACUGACAAAAGUCUGGUGUGCUUCUUCUGCGACGAGCCAGCGCUGCAUGAGCAGCACCAAGUGACCACUAUUGACGAGGCGUACGAGGAGAUACAGAGGGAGAUGAAGGAGCAGCUGGCCACUCUGCAGGACAGUGAGAAAGGACACACUGAAGCCCUGCAGCUCCUGCAACGACAACUCACUGAGACCAAGUCCUCAGCUAAGAGUUUGCGUGCGACCAUUGGCGAUGCGUUUGAGCGCCUCCACCGUUUCCUCCGCGAGCGUCAGAAGAUCAUGCUGGAGGAGCUGGAGAUGGACACGGCCCGCAAACUUGCAGACAUCGAGCACAAGAUCCAGCGCUACAGUCAGCAGCUGCGUGACGUUAAGGAAGGCAUCCAGAUUCUGCAGGAGCGCCUCAACGAGACGGGUCGACAUGACUUUCUGGAGGGAGUAGCCGUCACAUCUGAGAGGAUCAAGGGGAAGAUACACGAGACCAACCUGACGUAUGAAGACUUCCCGACAUCCAAGUACAUGGGUCCCUUACAGUACACGAUAUGGAAGUCGCUCUUUCAGGAUAUUUCACCAGUGCCGGCCGCGUUGACCCUCGACCCCAUAACAGCCCACCAAAGACUGAUCCUCUCCGAUGACUGUACCAUCGUGGCCUAUGGGAAUCUCCACCCACAGCCACUGCAGGACUCACCACGCCGCUUUGAUGUGGAGGUUUCUGUUCUGGGAGCAGAGGGCUUAGCCUCAGGUGUCCAUUACUGGGAAGUAAUGGUGUCGGAGAAAACCCAGUGGAUGAUCGGUCUGGCCAACGAGACGGUCAGUCGCAAGGGCAGCAUCCAGAUCAUGCCCAGCCGCGGCUUCUACUGCAUCGUCAUGCACGACGGCAACCAGUACAGCGCCUGCACCGAGCCCUGGACCCGACUCAACGUCAAGAGCAAGCUGGAGAAGGUGGGGGUUUACCUGGACUACGGGAAAGGCCUACUCAUCUUUUACAACGCGGACGACAUGUCCUGGCUCUACACCUACCGAGACAAAUUCCCGCCCAAGGUCUUCCCCUAUUUUAGCCCCGGCCAGAGCCACGCUAAUGGCAAGAACGUGCAACCUUUGCGAAUCAACACUGUUCGCCUUUAAGAGCAACAAAUAUCUUUGGUUUUUGGUGAUUGUCCUGACAGAUGAAAUCCAAUCGCGGUUGAAUUUGCAGGACCUUGUGUAGGUUUCAGAAGAUAUUAAAAUAAAUCAGUUAAGAUGUUAGGGUGUUUGAAUGUCAGAUGUUUUAGUUCUGUGUUCAGAGUUGUGCUUGAUGUUGCUCUUUUUUUUUUGUGUGUGACUUGAAAUGACACUACAAUAAAGGCCCGGGGGUUGAGCCUCAUUCCUCCUAUUUCAUUGAAAAGAUGACACAAAGUCCAGAGGGAAAAGUAGCCUUGGGCUCUGUGGUCACAUCUUUAUUUAAAAAAAGAAGUGAUUGUCCCAGGCCUGUCUUGUACACUCUCAGGGGGCAUGCUCCAAGCUUGACAGACUCGGUGUCCCCUCUGUGUGCAGGCACUUGUCUUCUCUGUGCUGUAAAGUUGGCUUAGCUUUGUUUGUGGAAUGUGAUUGACAGGGUUGUUGUUUUUUUGUUUCUUUCUUUCUGGCUUUUGUUUGGUCACAUUUUCAGCAGCUCACCCUGAACUGGCAGGUGUGUUGGCACCUUUUUACUUCUGUCUGAGACCAGGACUUCCUCACAUUCACAUGUGAGUCUGCUCAUCGUUUACAGUAAAUAUGAGCACCAGUGAUUCUAAAAUGAAAUAAAUGAAACAGAAAGUAGUUCAUAGGCGAUCCACAUUCCAGUCCCGCUCGCAUGUUCUGUUUCGAGGUGGAGGUUAUCCAGAAAUGUUUUGCUAUUGACUGAGGACUCUUAAGGUUUUAUGUGUCAAGGAUCCAAUGAAUGUGAGUCAGUUUUCAUGCCGACUCAUGUUUAAUAUUGAAAGUUGUUUUGUUUUUUUUUUUCACUUCUAAGUUGAGUUGAAUCACAUUUCUGCUUCCAGUUAUGAUGUUGUAUCAUUUUGUCCGGGAAUCAAUAGAAUAUUAAAUCAUCUGUUUAAGUAGAGGGCCUCAUUAAGGGCACUCAUUAUUUCAAGUUCAAAUUAAGCUAAGACAGAGACUUCUCUCAUAUAUUAUUAUUAUAUUAUUAAAUCAUAUUUAUGUGAAAGAGACGCGCUGUGUGUGAACGGAGGGAUCGACUUGAGCACAGUUGCGUGAUCUGACAUGUCCAUGGCUGCUUCGGUUCCUCUGAGUCUCCAUCAUGUUUAUUUCUUCGCCCUCAUGUGACUCAAGUGCUCUUCUUUAUGUUUAGUUGUGCACACGUCCGGCCCAAUCAGCCCUAAGAGGCUCUUCUCACUAAACCAAAUCCAAGUGGUCAAGUGGCACAGGUUUGUUUUGAGUGACCCGCUUCAACUUUAAAUUUGAAAUCCAGCUUUGGUUGUGUUGAUUAAAGCACAUGUGGCCUCUCGGAGCCUUCGCACACAGUGGCCAAAUUUGUUAGGAACGAACAAAAACAUGGCAUCGCCCUCUCUUUGUCACUUUUGUCGCUGUACAUCUUUGUAUCUGUGCGUGUGUAGUCGGUGUUUUAAGUCGGUAUUGUCCAUUUAAAAAGAAAUCCGGGGCAGUAUGUCGUAAACUAAGGUCAAAAGUGCAAACAUCUGCAUUGCUUUAACUGGCACAGAUCUGCAUGGGCCCGCAAGUGGUUCAGAGAUUAUCCGAGUAACGUUAUAGUCAGUCAGUCAGUCACUAUACACAGCAGAUUCAUUCGUACAACCAGGUGAGUUUGGUUUGUGGAAAGGGAUUUAUUUAUUACUGUGUGACAAUAUUCCGUUAUUUUAUUUUUCUACCUUUCACCGUCAACGAAGACCAGCUGGGCUCAUGCAGGAUCGACCAAAUGUAGAAUUUGACCCCCACUUUGCAGGUUUUAAAGACCUGUGUGAUCUGCUUAAGUUUGAAUAUUAGGAAGGAGAUUAUCACGAGGUGGCGCUGGGUUAUUGUGGGAACAUACUUAUCCCGCUGGAGGUGUUUUAAUGUCAAAUAAAUUACUGCGGAAAUCA